UGCCUGAGGACGAUUGUCGCGCGUUGCGGAGUCGCCGCUUGGUCUCCAAACCUCCGGAGAAAGAGGAAGUUAUAAGAAGAACAGAAGCAGACAGGCCAAAUGGGAAUAUGAGUAACGGAUUUAUGGACUUGGAACAUGUGAUCAGCAGAAAAAUGGAUCUGAAGAGGAAAGCAGAGCUUUUAAAGAACGAGUUAAUGCAGGAGGUGGACAUUCACUUCAAUGAGUUUGUAAACAAUUUGAUUGAAGAAUCCACAGCUUUGGAAGCCCCCACUGCAGCCACCAAUUUCCACCCUGGAAAUGGAGAAAAAGACGGCCGUAAAGUGAGGUCAUUGGCCAGACCCCCACCUGAGCACGGGAAGCUGUUUAUGUCAAGACGUUCUCUACUGGAUGAGCUCUUUGAAGUUGAUCAUUUUCGGACUAUCUACCACAUGUUUAUUGCCCUCCUCAUCCUCUUCAUCCUCAGCACACUGGUAGUGGAUGGUAUUGACCAGGGAAGGCUUGUCUUGGAGUUUGAUCUGUUGGAAUACGCCUUUGGCAAAUUCCCGAUUGUUUGCUCUACAUGGAUUUGCAUGUUCUUCGGCACAUUGAUCAUUCCAUAUGCACUUUUCUCAAUGUGGGCCCAGGCAUACAAGACUUCUUCCCAUCGGAACAUCUGCUCUCUUUUUUAUGGAUCUCUGUAUAUGACGUUCCUGAUAGGUCUUGGCUUCGUUCCAGCGUACAUGGUUCUACAGCACAACUUGCCCCCAGCAUCCCGUUUCAUUGUCAUUUUGGAACAGGUUCGACUGAUGAUGAAAUCACACUCAUUCAUAAGAGAAAAUGUCCCUCGGAUCUUCUCUUUUGCCAAAGAGAAGACAUCUGUUGCUCCAGUCCCACAAGUUACACAAUACCUGUAUUUCCUGUUUGCUCCAACGCUGAUCUACAGAGACAACUAUCCAAGGAAUCCAUCUAUAAGGUGGGGCUAUGUUGUCACCAAAUUUCUUCAGGUCCUUGGCUGCCUCUUUUAUGCCUACUACGUCUUUGUCCGACUCUGCAUCCCACUUUUCCACAACAUCAGCCAGGAGCCUUUUAGUCUGAGAGUCCUGGUCCUCUGCGUUUUCAACUGUAUCCUGCCAGGUGUGUUGAUUCUCUUCCUGGCCUUCUUUGCUUUCCUACAUUGUUGGCUCAAUGCCUUUGCUGAGAUGCUUCGCUUUGCUGACCGGAUGUUCUACAAGGACUGGUGGAAUUCAACAUCGUUUGCCAACUACUACCGAACCUGGAAUGUGGUUGUCCAUGACUGGCUGUAUUAUUAUGCCUAUCGGGACUUCCUCUGGUUUUUUGGCAGAAGAUUCAAAACUGCAGCCAUGCUGUCUGUGUUUACUGUGUCCGCUGUGGUCCAUGAAUACGCGCUGGGGAUCUGCUUUGGAUUUUUCUAUCCUGUUCUUUUUAUUAUGUUUAUGGGCUUUGGCUUGAUUCUAAACUUCAUCCUUAAUGACCGUCGGAAAGGCUCUAUCUGGAAUGUGUUCAUGUGGACGUCCCUGUUCCUGGGUCAGGGUGUGCUCCUCUGCCUUUAUUCCCAGGAGUGGUACGCCCAGAAACACUGUCCCAUCAGCAAUCCUGCGUUUUUGGACUAUGUGAAGCCACGGUCUUGGACCUGCCACGUUGAUAAAUAGACUGGAGAACUUCUGAAAGCUACAAUGUCAGACUCUGGCAAAAAAAAUCGACUAACAUCCUCAAUUUGUUACUGAAUGUUUUUGUAUCGGUUCUGGAAACAGUCUGUGGUCAGUGACUACAGCUUUUGUAAAGGAUUCAACUUCCCAUUUUCAUAACAAGCCACCUCUUUAUAUAGACAAGUAUCCGCGUUGAGCUUCACGCCUCAAAUGAAAUGGAUCUUCAGAUGUUUGUAACAUCGUACAUUCCUUUGGGCUCAGAUAUACCGGACUCGGUUUACACUGGAAGUUACUAACCUUCUUGCCGGAACAUCCCAUUCCGUCCCAUCCUUUUGAUCUAAGAAAGAUGUGUUCUUGUACUGAUUAAUGGUUGUGCCCGUCAAGCAGGACCUUGAAAUCAAUAGGCAUAACUUUGCAGACUGAUUUUUUUUUUUCUGUUGCCUUUUGCACAUUGUACUUCUACUGAAUGUAUUUCCAUUUGAAACCAGCGUGGCAUGAGUAGGCCUGCAAAGUGCCACAUAUAGCAGAUAUAGCAACCUUUACCAAUGCUGCAUUACAAAGCAAUAAUGAGUUAUGUAACGCCAUUACAGC